UCGCCCGCCCGGCCAAGUAGUUGUCUUCUUUUGUGUAAAUUGUAAUUGAGAGAGAGAGAGAGAUUUCCACUUCCUCUCUAUUUAUAACUAUAUAUACAUAAAUCAAAUGACGUCUACGAUAUGAAAUCCCAACUAUUCAUUCCUUCCACGCUUUCCGUAUUCUUCGAUUGUGUAUUCCCUGAUUCCUCGACUCCACGCAUUCUCAUCGGUUCCUCGUCCCAGUAAACACUACUCUUGUUUCUCUCAGCCUUUUUCCUUUCUCUCAUGGCACAAAUAAUCGGAGAUAGGAUCAAAUAUGAAGAGGAGUUUAUAUUGAACUCCCGAGGAAUGAAACUUUUCACAUGCAGAUGGCUCCCUGCAACACGAGAACCAACAGCCUUGAUCUUUAUGUGCCAUGGUUACGCUAUGGAAUGCAGUAUCUCGAUGAAAGAUACUGGAAUUCGACUUGCAAACGCCGGUUUUGCGGUUUACGGGAUAGAUUACGAAGGCCAUGGAAAAUCGUCCGGCUUGGACGCUUACAUUCCUUGCUUUGAUGAUCUCGUUAACGACUGCUCCGACCAUUUUACCAGCAUUUGUGAGAGGAAAGAGAACAGUAAAAAGCUGAGAUAUCUCUUAGGAGAGUCAAUGGGGGGUGCUGUGGCUCUCCUUUUACACAGAAAGAAGCCAAAUUAUUGGGAUGGUGCGGUCUUGGUUGCUCCCAUGUGUAAGAUUGCUGAUGAAAUGAAGCCUCAUGCGGUGGUUAUCAACGUUUUAACUCAACUCUGCAAGAUUAUCCCCACUUGGAAGAUAAUCCCAACAAAAGACAUAAUUGAUAUUGCCAUUAAAGAGCCUCAAAGAAGAGAGGAGGUUCGAUCAAACCCAUAUUGCUACAAAGGAAGACCUCGCUUGAAAACCGGCAACCAACUACUGGCAGUCAGUUUAGAUAUAGAACAGAACCUUCACGAGGUAAAAUUGCCGUUUCUAAUCGUGCACGGAGGGGAUGAUAAAGUGACAGAUCCAUCUGUGAGUAAGUCAUUGUAUGAAUCAGCAUCAAGUUCAGACAAAACAUUCAAGUUGUAUCCUGGGAUGUGGCAUGCGCUCACGUCUGGUGAACCUGUGGAAAACAUAAAUGUUGUUUUCGGUGAUAUCAUAAACUGGCUGGAGGAGAGAACCACCCUCGGAAAUUCCAGAUUAGAGAUGGAGCAGAAGCUUGCCUGUGAUACUAAGUCAAAAUCCCUUCAACUUCGAGGCAACAAAUCGGUUGUGGAACUCUAAUCAAUUAAUGCUGGAAUGGCUGCCAUAAAUUCUUUUCAACUUAAUUUUAGUUUAGUAUCUUUGUAGGAUAUAAGUUGGAGAUAUGUGGGUGUUAUGGAAACAGAAGAAGAAUUCUAUAUAUGUGAAUGUGAAUAACAUAUAUAACCAAAUUUCAUUA